CCACAUGAUGUACCCCGCGUGCAUCGCCAGACGUCGAUAAGUCGUUGUACCUCCGUCACCGUCACCGCCACACCAACCAGUCCCUCUCCUCCUAUUCUCCUCCAACCCAUCACAUCUUUUUCAUUUCCCCCAUCUACCAACAUAGUACUCCCCAACUCAAACAACCCACCAAGAAAGCUCAUAUCUUCCAGAAAUGAACAUCCUACACUCCACGCUCUCCACCUGGAGAGACCGGUUAGCACCAGUCUCCCGAACCUCGACCUUCCGAACAACCGGUCAAAUCACGCCCGAAGAGUUCGUCCUCGCCGGCGACUAUCUCGUCUACAAGUUCCCCUCCUGGUCCUGGGCCGAUGCUGCGACGCCCGCCAAACGAGUCUCUUACCUCCCGCCCGGGAAACAGUUCCUCGUAACCCGAGGCGUCCCAUGCCACCGCCGCCUCAACGAUAACUUCGCCGGGGAUGCGGGUCAUGACGAUGAAAUCGUCCGGGACAUGUUGGCGGGGGAGGAUGACAAUGACGACGGGUGGUUGAGGACGGGAGGCGGAGACGAAGCAUCGGCGGCGGCGGCGGCUCGGAUCGGAGAUGUGCGGACGGUCGACGAGGCGGGGAAUAUGGGCGAAGAAGAGCAAGAGGAGGAAGAGAUUCCAGAUAUGGAAGAUGAGGAUGAUGAUGAGGAGGCGAUUAUUCGAGAGCCUGUGGCGGGGACGACGCAACCAACCCGCACCUACAACCUCUACAUCACCUAUGCGAACUUCUAUCGAACCCCACGUCUCUACCUCUCCGGAUACCUUUCCGCAUCCGAACCCCUCCCCCCGCAACUCAUGAUGGAAGAUAUCGUGGGCGAUUACAAGGACAAGACCGUGACCCUGGAAGAUUUCCCAUGGUUUGAAGGAAGCGUGAAGAUGGCUACGGUGCAUCCCUGCCGACAUGCCUCGGUCAUGAAGACUCUCCUGGAUCGCGCCGAUGCGGCGCUCAAGAUCCGUCGCGAUAAGCUGAAGGCUGCGGCGGCGGCGCAGGCCCAGCCCGAUGCCCGGGUCGCGGCCGGCGCCGGCGGACUAGAAGGAUUGGUCGAUGAUGCCAAGGGACUGUCGUUGAGCGACGGACAGGUUCAUCAAGGCGAUGAGUGGGAGGUGUUGCAGCACGAUGAGGAUGAUCAGGUUGCGAUCCGCGUGGAUCAGUAUCUGGUUGUGUUCCUGAAGUUCAUUGCUAGCGUCACACCGGGGAUCGAGCACGACUUUACCAUGGGGGUAUGAAACCCCAUCUUAUGUGUGUAUGGCAGACAACUGGUCGGGUUCGGGGUUACUUGAAUAGUCAUGAGGGUAAUAGCAUCCUCUCUAGGAUAGUUGUUGAUU